UCUUCCGUGAAGGAGAAGCCAUUAUCUCAUUGGCAGAAGAAGAAGAAGUAGCCACUGUACUUAGUGGUAGAGGAAGAAGAAGGAGGAGGAGAUUCUUCCGCACUGUCUCCUGUUCGAGAAGUCGUAUCUAAAUAAGCUGGCCGAAUAAUAUGCCCGAAGGAGAACCUUCCUGUGGCAUCUCUGUAUUGUAAAGGACAUGGACCACUGCCCCACUGUCCACCAGGACUAGAAUACUUAACGCUCAUUGAUCAAGUGGCCAUACAGCAACACCCGGCGAUGAUCGAAGGGUUCACGGCCUUUGAAAGGCACAACAAAUACAUAGCGAUGAACGCGAGGGCUCAACCUGUCUACCUCAUGGCCGAAGACAGCGGCUAUUGUAGUCGUGCGGUAUGGGGUCGUAAUCGACAGUUUCUCAUGCAAGUCGUCGACUACAAAGGCGACGAAGUCAUGCGGUUGCUUCGACCUAUGCGCUGUCAGUUCUGCUGUUUCAUGUCCUGUCUUCAGCGGAUCGAGGUUGAGGCACCUCCAGGGACCAGGAUCGGUUUCGUGGCUCAGGACUGGACCGUUUGCACUCCUUGUUUUUCCAUCUAUGACUCCACUGGACGAGCAGUACUCGGAGUGGUAGGGCCGUUCUGUCCCGCGGGAGUCAUGGGCAGGAACUUUACAUUCCAGGUUCUCACGCUGGGAGGCCUAGAGAUCGGCAUCAUCUGCAAACGUUGGGAGGGUUUUGUGAAGGAGUCCUUUACCGAUCCUGAGAUAUUUGGCGUCAGUUUUCCUUUGGAUCUGGACGUCCACCUAAAGGCGGUUUUGAUCGCAUGUGCGAUGCUUAUCGACUUCGUGUACUUCGAAACCGGGAAGGUGCCGAAACCCAUCCGAUGACUUCACGUUCAACAGCGCAUCACGAAAUUCGCUAUUUGCAUUUCUCUCAACACAUCACACACAUAGAAAAUGUAUUCUGAAAGCAGUUACCACUGUCAAUGACGUACUAUUACUAUUCGAUAUUAAAACUAUGAACUAUGAACUAUCGAAA